UGGCGGUAUUUACUAUUUACUUUUGUUCAAAAGUUUAAAUGAAAGAAUUGAGUUACCUACUUGUGAAAGGUUAUUGUUAGUUAUUUUUUGUGAAAAUCAACAAUUAACAUGGCGGAACUUCAAAAAACACGCAGUGAAGUGAAUAAUGCGUUCAAACUCAGUGGUUUUACUAUGAGACGAGAAGCAAGUAUUUUUGUAGCUGAGCAGUUGGUUGCUUUGUCUCAGCAAGAGCGAAAGAAAAUGAUUGAUAAACUUAUUGCGCAUCUUCUACACCAAUGUCUUUCGCAACCCGUGCUAGAAAAGCAGCACUUGGAAGUUGCAUACAGGGAAUGUUCAUCUUCAGGUCUGGAGGAAACAGAGACUGUACUCAAUAUUAUAGAUGCAUUCAAUAUUCCAAAACUCAUUUAUGAUAAUGAGAGAAAGAGGUUCUCCAAAGACGUCAAUGCUGUUAACCAUUUGUACCCUGAACCUAAGUGGAAAGCACAGUUUUUAAUAGACAGGUAUACAAUAAUAUGGCAAAGGACUAUAAGAAACAAAUUAUUUGCCAAGGAAAUAUUAUCUACUAUGGAAAGCGAAAACCAAUUCCAGUUACGCAAGAUAGAGGUGUUACAAAGUUCAUCAAGCAGAGUAGAUGAUGUCAUCGUACUGGGCCUUUUGACGCAAUUGACCGAAGGGAAGUUCUAUCUAGAGGAUCCUACAGGCAGUGUCCUUUUAGAUAUGACACAAACAAGAUAUCAUUCUGGACUUUUUACGGAAAGCAGUUUCGUUCUUGCUGAAGGAUAUUUUGAUGAUAAAGUUUUACAUGUUAUGGGCUUAGUUUUACCUCCUUCAGAAAGUCGAGCUGCUUCGCUACCAUUUUUUGGAAAUUUGAACACUUUUGGAGGCAAGUCGAAAAGUUUAUUAAAAAAUUCACAGAAUUUACUCAAGAUUGAGCAAGAAAAUGAGGAUGGGAUGAUAAUUUUUCUUUCUGAUGUUUGGUUUGACAAUCUCAAAGUGAUAUCUAAAUUGAAAACUUUAUUCUCUGGUUACAAUGAUUUUCCACCAAUAGCUAUAGUGUUUUUAGGUGAAUUUUUAUCAUGUCCAUAUGGCUACGAACAUAGUACACAAUUGAAAGCCGCUUUAAAUAACUUAAGUGACAUUUUAUAUCCAUUCACUAAACUAAGAGAUUCAUGCAAGUUUAUAUUCGUACCAGGCAGAGGUGAUCCAGUCGCUCCAAACAUAUUACCCAGACCAGCAAUUCCGAACUCUAUCACAAAAGACAUAAGAGACAAAUUGGGUGACUCUGUAAUUUUUACAUCAAAUCCUUGUAGAAUACAGUACUGUACGCAAGAAAUAGUUGUUAUAAGACAGGAUUUAGUUACUAAAAUGUGUAGAAAUUCAAUACAUUUUCCUGAAACUGGUGAUAUACCCGACCAUUUGACGAAAACAUUGCUGAGCCAGUGUACUUUGUCACCGUUGUCGCUAGGUGUACAACCAGUGUAUUGGAAGAAUGCAGAGGCCUUAAAUUUGUAUCCCAUGCCAGAUGUGGUGGUAGUCUCUGAUCACUUCCAGCCGUACACCAGAAUGUAUCAAAACUGCCAGGUAGUGAAUCCAGGGUCGUUCCCUCGUACUGAGUAUUCUUUUAAAGUGUACAUACCUGCAACUAGAAUGGUUGAGGACUCGCAAAUACCUAACGAGGAUACUUGAAAACGUUGUCGAAAUAAGUCUAACGCCUUAAAGAGGGUUUUAACUGUGAUAUUAUGUAAGAAACUGUUGAUUUGUUUUUGAUAAUCCUACUAAAUAUAAAUGCGCAAGUUUUUAAGUGUGGAUGGAUGGAUGGAUGUUUUUCACUCUUUCACGCAAAAACUAUGGAUAUAGAUUAUACUCUGGUUAACUGUAUAAGUUAUGUAUUACCGGCUGUUGCCCGCGGUUUCGUUCGUUGUUUUUUUUGGUUUUUCAUGAUUCGUGCGGGAACCGUAUGGGUACUAAGAUGACUGAUGAAUAUUU